GCAGGAAAAGCUCACCGACUGAGCGGAGAAGAAAGAGAACAGCUCCUGCCAAAUCUCAGAGCAGUAGGAUGGAAUGAGGUGGAAGGCAGAGAUGCUAUCUACAAGGAGUUCCAUUUCAAGGAUUUUAAUCGGGCUUUUGGAUUUAUGACCAGAGUAGCUCUACAAGCAGAAAAACUGGAUCAUCAUCCUGAAUGGUUUAAUGUUUACAACAAA